AUGCAAAAUAAAAUAUUCUUACAACUCCCAACAACUUCAUAACACUAUUUUUAGUUACAAUCGAAAUUCUUAAACAAAAACAACAACCAAAUUGAAUUGCUCUGUUAUGAAAAUCAAUUAUAUAGGAAGGUAUUUUCAAACUAUAUACUAAGUCACAAAAAUCCUUUAAAUUUACAAUUCUGAAUAGUACUCUCAGAUUCUCAAUCAAGCAUGAACAAGCUUCCAUCAUCUUAAGAUUAGAGAAAGAUGAAUGCAAUUUUAAAGAAUAUGUUUUUCUUGAUAAAGCUGAUCCUUGGGAAAAGAAAUUAAAAUCUAAAAUACCUUAAUUGGAUUAUCAAACAUAUUAUGAAUUAGAAAAGUUAGUUGGGAAUGGUAGUUUUGCUUCUGUCUACAUAGCUAAGAAGAAAUCAGAUGGAUCCAAAGUUGCGAUCAAGGCAUUUCUUAAGAAAAUGUUAAUAUAAAAUAAUCCUAAUUCAUGGAGAGUAGUAUUUUCAUUGAAAUUUAGUUAACCAUAGAAAAUGAGAUAAAGGUCAUGAAGUCUUUAGAUCAUCCUAGCCUGUUAAAGUUUUAUGAUCACUUUGAAAAUAGAGCUUAAUCGUACAUUGUUAUGAGUUUGGCAAGGGGAGGAACCCUAGAAUAAGGAUUAAAAAAGUUAGAAGAGCCUUUGCCGUUUUUAAGUGUUAAAGUUAUUUUUAGACAAAUCGUAGAUGCAAUUAAAUAUCUACAUGAACGAGGAUUUAUGCAUAGAGAUUUAAAGCCAAGCAAUAUUUUGUUGAAAAAGCCGAUGUCUCUAAAACAAUUUUCUCUAGUAGCCUAACAAGAUCCAAAUAUAGUCGUCAGUGAUUUUGGGGUGAGUUCAGAAAUAAAAGACGAUAUGGACAUUGGAAAAUAUUGUGGUUCUAUUGGAUUCAUGGCUCCUGAAAUAAUAAGUUGCGAAGAUGAUAAGAACUUGACCUAUAAUGAAAAAUGUGACAUCUUUAGUCUCGGUUGCAUUCUCUAUAGAUUGUAAUGAAUGAAUAUAAGUUAGAAUCACUAAUAAACCCUUGUUUAAUGCUCAAAAUUAGAUGGCACAGAAAUAGUUGAACAAGGAAUGUCAUUUUGAUUGGAUAAAAAUUAGCGAAGAGUUAUAUAAUAGUAAAUAGUUGACACAAUUAUUGAUGAAGAUGUUGUGCGUAGAUCCAACCAAAAGGCCUUCUUGUUCAGAUAUUCUUAAGGCCAAGAUUUUAGAAGUAGAAUAUGAUAAUGAGGGAUGUCCCUUAUUUAUCAAUUACAAGAAACCAAAAUCUCAAUCUAUUUAAUAAGCUAAAACUUCUAGACCUUCAAUUAAAUCUAUAAGUAACAACCGAUUACCGUUUGUAUCUCCUAAUCUUUAUUACAACAUUCAAAACAACAAUAAACCUUCAAAUGUAAGAUCUGGUAAUCUUCUAUUACCUCCUAUAAAUAAGAAAUUGCAAACUGAAUAAUGUUAAUAUUGA